UGACAGACCAUAAGAAACUUUACUCCCAAACCUCAACUCCUUUAAAAUACAUACAAUUGGAUUUACAACUGGUCUCCCGACAUCCAGAAUUUUUUUGAAUCAGGAUAUUUUAGAAGAAAAAAAAAGCAAACUCUCCUCAAUAACAUGGGACAAGAAAAUAUCAGUUUUUUGUCUGUUUGGAUAAUUUUGGGACAAAUCUUUGCAACCUUUUCGUCUGACCCUGAACUCACCACCACUGAGUUUGUGAACUCCACAGUCACCGCGACCCCCCUGCCAACCACUACAGAAUGGAUCACAGACUACACAGACAUUUUGACCAAGUUCUCCGUGCGCUCUUCGGAGACCCCAGAAGAUGACAUGUGCUACCUUGUGCCCGGACAGCCAGAAAGCAUCAAAGACUGUGAAUUCAAGUCAGAUGAGCAGACCUUCAUCGUGAUACACGGCUGGACGGUGACGGGGAUGUUCGAGAGCUGGGUGCCCAAGCUGGUGUCUGCUCUCUUCGAGCGUGUGCCCAGUGCCAAUGUGAUUGUGGUGGACUGGCUGACCCGUGCCAACCAGCACUACCCCACGUCCGCAGCCUACACCAAACUAGUGGGCCGUGAUGUGGCCAAGUUUGUAACAUGGAUACAAAAAGAGGCGCAGUUGCCCUGGGAGAACGUUCAUCUGCUGGGCUACAGCCUCGGAGCACAUGUGGCUGGGAUUGCUGGACACCUCACCGACCAUAAAAUCAGCAGGAUCACAGGUCUGGAUCCUGCUGGUCCCACCUUUGAAUACGCAGACAACCAGAACACCCUGUCCAAAGAUGACGCCCAGUUUGUUGAUGUCCUGCACACCAACACCAGGGGCUCCCCUGACCGCAGCAUCGGCAUCCAGAGACCCGUGGGCCACAUCGACAUUUACCCCAACGGAGGCACUUUCCAGCCGGGCUGUGACAUCCAGAACACAUUGCUGGGGAUCGCACUGGGAGGCAUCAAGGGCCUCCAGAAUAUGGACCAGCUCGUCAAAUGUUCCCAUGAGCGCUCCAUCCACCUGUUCAUCGACUCCCUGCUGAACAUCCAGCAGCAGAGCCUGGCCUACCGCUGCAACUCCAAAGAGACCUUCAGCAAGGGUAUGUGCCUCAGCUGCAGGAGGAACCGCUGCAACAAGAUCGGCUACAACAUCAACAAGGUCCGUCCGACCCGCAGUGUCAAGAUGUACCUGAAGACUCGUGAAGUGAUGCCUUACAAAGUUUUCCACUAUCAAGUGAAGGUGCAUUUCUUCAGUAAGGACCGACUGAGCUUCACCGAGCAGCCGAUGAAGAUUUCUCUGCAUGGAAUGCUCGGAGUGAAGGAGGACAUUCCCUUCGUCCUGCCCGUCCUGGAUGGUAACACCACUUUGUCCUUCCUUAUCACCACCGAUGUGGACGUCGGAGACCUGAUGAUUGUGAAGCUGCGCUGGGAGAAGGAUGCACUCAUCAGCUGGUCAGACUGGUGGGGUAGCAGCAGGUUCCACAUCCGAAAACUGCGCAUCAAGUCCGGGGAGACCCAGUCCAAAGUGAUCUUUAGUUCAAAGGACGGAGAGUUUGCCUACCUCGUCAGGGGCGGAGAAGAGGCGGUCUUUGUCAGGUCAAAGGAAGACAACAUGAGCCGUAAAGAGAAACUGCUGCACAAGCUGAAGAUGCAGGGCACUCUUUACGGGCAGAACGACUCUUGAAGUUGCACUUGAGCACACACUAUGCACAGCAUCCAUCCCCACACACAUAGCCAAAGACGGAAAGCACACAGCAACACUGGGAAAGCCUUUGCAAGUAACUGGACAUAUACCGAACGCUGCAUUUCUUUCUGUUUUUUCUUCCUGUUGCGCCUCAUGACUUCAUCUCCCAGUGCAACCAAUACAACCUCGUCCACAGUGCUGGAAAGCGGUUUUCUCACUCAAGAUCCCUCCUGUCUCUUUUCGCAUGUUCUGCUGCUGAAACAUGUUACUGGCGUCUUUGUGAUCACGUGCUGACCUUUGACAAAUGUACACCUUCAGUAACUUUUGCUGCAUAUAUUUGUAAUCAUUUCAUGCUUUUGUAGCCUACAUGUAUUGUUUAUACUGAUUUUGAUGUAUUCUGAGCCCCUGAAGUGGUGUGUUUGCUUUGCCUUUGUGAACUUGAAUUAUUGUAUAAAUGAUUCAGAGUGAUAGGCACAUUUUAGGCACAUCUUUCUAUUUUAUUUUUUAAAUGUGCAAAAUGAAAAUUUUGUCCCUAAUGUUUGUCUUCACUGAACCACUAAUUGCCAACAAUUGACAGGGACCAAAGAAGUAUUUACUGUCUACUGAACGCAGAAUCACAGCAGUCUUUGUAAAUUACUUUUAAAAAUUAGUAUUAUAUAUAUAUAUUUUUAUUGAAUAUGAGUGAUGUGUUAAUAUCUGAUCUCUUGGAGCCUUGCUUUGUCUUUGAUUGUGUUUUGGUUAUUGUGUCACUGGUCACUUUAAAACGGCUCUCAGUCCCCUUCAGCCAUUUAAUUGUUACGGUCAUUGAGAUUAUGGUCCAACAGGGAUAUGCAUUUUAAAGUUUGGCUAAUUUGUUUUUUUUUUCAUGAACUGUACUGAGGUCACUUGUAAAUCCAGUAUUGGCUAUGUGUUCCUUAAUUACUUCAUGAAUGGGUCAACAUUGCCUCACCUGCAACAGUUUACCUCAUUGACUAAGCUCCGUCUACAACAUGCCCUUAUUUUGAAAGGUCAACUGUUACAAAUUUGCUGACAAUAAACAUGCAAGCCUUGGUAAUUUGUGAUGGACUGGCCUACAUGAUAGCCAUAAUACAUCUCAGAAACAAUUCGUGUUGUAUUUAUUGAAUGUACAUUUAUAUAUUUGUAUAUUAAGCUGUAAUAUGUUUUGGCGGGCUUCCACUGUCGUCUGUAUUUUUAUAAAUGAAGCGUUUUGUGAUUUUAUGCACCAGGCUUUGGAGAGAUCGAUCAAAUUGGUCUUCAUGCCGGCUGUUCAGAGCAUUUGUGAACUGAAAUGCAGUGCACUGUAUAAAUAAAGAGCCCAGGAUGGUUUAAUAAAGAGAUAAACCACGUA